ACUUUCCUAAAAUCCCAUCACUCUUUCUCUUUUUAUUGUGUGUGAUGAGAUCCCGACAAAAACAAUCAAAAACUAUAUAACAUACUUACACACAUUCAUACGCUCUCUGUUUGUUUGUGUGUUUGUAAGUAACGCAUAGCUCUUCUGCUGUUAUCUGAUCGAAGUAUUUCUUCUACUGCAUCUCUUGCUUUGUUCUGAUAUGUAGUUUGAUUUCGUAUACUCAAGUUCGAUCUGAUUUGCGGUAAUUUCACAAACUUCCUUUAUUUAACUUCCUCACACAUUUUCUUUUUCACUUGGCAUUGCAAUUGAUUUUCUGAGCAGAUCAUGAAAGUGAAAGUAAAGCUUGUAGAGUUAAGAUGAAGACGAUGAGAUCACCGUAGUGAACUGUUUUGGACUGCUCAUGAGUUCCUUCUCUCUUCAUUUUAUAGUUCCACAAGCAAAACGAGUAGCAUUGCAUUUGCACUACUUAAGUUUGUGAUGAGGAACAACUAGUUUGUUUCUUUGAACGUGUGUGUUUAAUUAUGCAUGUAGAUCUCUGAGUUCAUUAAGGGCUGCAAGUUUGCUUCUCAAUAGUAGGAGCUGAUGUGAUUAUAGACUUCAAGGAAAUAGGCAAAUGGGAGAUGAUGCUGGGACAUCAGAGCAAGAAACCUGGUGGCCUUCAGAAUUUGUUGAGAGAUUUGGUUCUGUUGAACUAGGAUCGCAAGAAGAGACCUCCACUGCUAAAGACUCACCAAGGAAUCUUGGCCAUGAUGAGCUGCCAUCUAAGACUAAUAGUGCUUCAAAUAUUCUUUGGACCACUGGUUCGCUUUCUGAGCCCAUCCCUAAUGGCUUCUAUUCUGUGAUCCCGGAUAGUAGACUGAAGCAGCUAUUUAAUAGCAUUCCUACAUUGGAAGAUCUUCAUGCUCUGGGCGACGAAGGUCUAAAGGCUGAUGUUAUUCUUGUUGAUUUUCAAAAAGAUAUAAAGCUUUUCAGGCAAAAGCAGUUGAUUACCAAACUUGUCAGUGGAUUUAACUCAAAACCAGCUGCUGUUAUCAAGAAAAUUGCUGGACUGGUGGAAAGUGUUUAUAAGCAAUCUACUCUGCAUAGCCCGGAAAAAACUACACAAUCUCUUGAAAAUUGUGGGAUUCAACUGCUAGGACAGAUCAAGAAUGGUUCUUGCCGUCCUCGAGCUAUCUUGUUCAAAGUUUUAGCUGAUACGGUUGGCCUUCCAAGCAGGCUUGUAGUGGGCUUGUCAAGUGAUGGAGCUGCUGAGAGCGUAGACUCAUACAAUCAUAUAUCUGUUACGGUUCUUCUUAAUUUUGUGGAAAUGCUGGUUGAUCUAAUGCGGUUUCCUGGUCAGCUUAUUCCUCUAUCAACCAAGGCAAUAUAUAUGAGUCAUAUCUCAGCGGCAGGGGAAAGUGAUUCUGCAGAGAACGACUCUUGCGAUUCACCUUUGGAGCCAAAUAGUCCCAUGUUUGGUUAUCCAGAGCUUGAAAAUGCAGAAAAAGAUGAAAGCCUUCUGUUUCGUAGGAAACUGGAAGGGUAUCCAAAUAUGUCUGGUCCACCAUCAAGGAAUAUGCUGUUACGAUCUGCCUCCGUGAUAGAGAGAAAAUUAAGUUACUCACAGAGCGAGUCAAACAUUGCUAAUGAGUUUUGGCGGCAGAACCGGAGAAAGGCCAUUGCUGAUCAGAGGACUGCUGGUUCCAGUCCCGAGCAUCUUUCCUUCCGAACACGUACAAGGUUCACGUUAAGUGGCGACAGGAACCUGGCACAAGAUUUCACCGGUGAUGUUACCACAUCAAGCUCCAAAUCUGUUGGAGGAGAAAAACUGGAAACUAAGAGAAUAAGGAGGAGAAGCAUUAGUAUAACUCCUGAGAUUGGUGAUGACAUCGUCAGGGCAGUAAGAGCGAUGAAUGAAGCUUUGAAGCAGAAUCGCCUCUCAAAAGAUCAAUGUGAUGAUGGUUCAUCUCCUAACUCUCCAAAUGACAGACUCGAGGGCCCUCAUCUCCAGAAAAAUGUCUCUGGUUUCCAUCUUGAUGCUCAUGACCAAGUAUCUGGAGGAAGGUCGAUCCUUUCCAGGGAACCACUAGAUCCACAGAAGGCAAUCUCACUACCAUCUUCCCCCAAGAACUACCGAGGCCAAUCCUAUGAACGGGAUGGACCGUCACAUCGUAAUAUAAGCCACAUUUGGGAUAGAGUAUUGGAAUCUCCCAUGUUCCAGAAUAAGCCAUUGUUACCUUAUGAAGAAUGGAACAUAGACUUCUCUGAGUUGACGGUUGGGAUUCGUGUUGGAAUUGGAUUUUUUGGAGAAGUCUUCCGAGGAGUCUGGAAUGGAACAGACGUUGCAAUCAAAUUGUUCCUUGAGCAAGACUUAACAGCUGAGAACAUGGAAGAUUUCUGCAAUGAGAUAUCGAUUCUUAGCCGACUUAGACAUCCCAACGUUAUACUGUUCCUUGGAGCAUGCACAAAGCCUCCAAGAUUAUCACUGAUCACUGAGUACAUGGAAAUGGGAUCUCUAUAUAAUUUGCUGCAUUUGAGUGGACAAAAUAAGAAGUUAAGCUGGCGGAGGAAACUAAAGAUGCUCCGUGACAUUUGCCGGGGGUUGAUGUGCAUACAUAGGAUGGGGAUAGUACACCGUGAUAUAAAGAGUGCAAACUGUCUUUUGAGCAGCAAAUUGACAGUCAAGAUCUGCGAUUUUGGGCUAUCGAGAAUAAUGACAGGGACAACAAUGAGAGAUGCAGUCUCUGCAGGCACUCCAGAGUGGAUGGCUCCUGAACUUAUCCGCAAUGAGCCCUUCUCGGAGAAGUGUGACAUCUUCAGCUUAGGUGUAAUAAUGUGGGAACUCUGCACUUUGACCAGACCUUGGGAAGGAGUACCGCCUAAACGGGUUGUUUACGCUGUUGCUUAUGAGGGAGCUCGGCUUGAGAUUCCAGAAGGGGCAUUGGGAAAGCUUAUUGCAGAUUGUUGGACGUCAGAACCGGAACAAAGACCAAGCUGCAGUGAUAUACUUUGUCGUUUGCUGGAUUGCGAGUAUGCACUUUGCUAACUUCCCUUGAAUCUUCUUUUCCUUCUGUGAAUAGAAUCUUCGCAGCAAGAAGAGGUCUAUCUUCUUUGAGUUUGUUGUACAAAAGAACUUUGCCUAUUUCAUCCACAUAAAGCUUUGUGUAACUCUUUUCAGUUUUGUCAUUGCAAAUUAGUGAAAAUUUAAAACCUUUUAAAACAAUUCUGAGUUUAUUUUUAGAUAUUUGUAGAUAUUAACUUGCAAAUUAGUGAAAUUUUUUGAGACAA